AUGAGAAAUAAGGAGUUUGUGUGUUAUUUUUAUCAAUUCAUACCAAGAUUCAUAAUAAAUUGGGAAUUUAUCAAAUAUAGUGCUCAGGGAGAUUUUAAAAGUUUUAAUAGAGGGUUGUAUAGCAAUGAAAAUGAUGAUCCAUUAAUGGAUUUCAACUCUGGUAUUCAGGAAUAUUUUAUAUUGUUAUUUGGCGGGGCUUCAAUUAUAAUGAUACCAUUUAUCAAUAUUGGAAUAUUACAAAACAAUUUUUUUUCAAAAUUUUUCAAGGUUUACGAUCAAAAAACUCUUCAAAGAUCAAUAUUAAUCUCUUCAGUUUUAAAAGCAAUAUUUUUGAUGAUAUCAAUGAUAUUGGGAUUAACAAUAAAGUUUACAUUUUGUUCAAUCGAAGGAAAAUCAUGCAUUGUGGGAUCAUUGUUCUUUUCAAGUUUUAUUGGUGAUGGCUCAUCUAUAACUUCAUAUGCACUAGUUGGUUUUUAUUUAAUGUUAACAGCUUUUAUAUUAUCUCUAGUAAUAUUAUCAAUUUUAGUUUAUUCAACAUUUAAAUCAAAUAGUAGCAAUGAUAAUAAUAGUAAAAAUAAUAAUAAUGGUUCAUAUAAGCUAUUAAAAAAUGAUGAUAAUAUCGGAGAAACCAAUAGUAUAGUAUCAAUAACUGUAGGAAAUAGUAAAACCAAUAGUGUCUAUAGUAAUAAUAAUAAUAAUUAUAAUAACAAUAGUAAUAAUAAUAGUAGUAGCAAAAGUAAUAAAAAUAGUAUUGAAUAUAUCGCAAAUUUAGGUCUUGGUGAUUUUGAUGAAGAAGAGGUGGAAAUCGAACAUGAAAGAGUAUUGGCAGAAAUUGAAAAGCUUGAAAGAGAAUUAAAUAAAAAGCAAAAUAACUUGUUAGACAAAACUAAAAAAGAAGAAAACUUGGCUAUUGAAAAUGAGGCAGGUGGUGAGGGAUGCGAAACAGGUGAUCCAACAACAGAUACAAACCAUGAUACCCAAAGUACUACUAAUAGUACAAGCACAAAAUAUACAAACACUAGUAAUACAAGUAAAGAGUCGGCAAGUAAUCUUUUUAGUUCAAGUAAUAAUAGUAAUAAUACCACAACUACGACAACAACUACAUCCACAAACAACAGCGGCAAUUCAGUCACCAAAAAGGAGAGUGAAGUUAAAAAUUCAAGUGAUUCGAGGAAAAAAGAAAAGGAAAAAGAAAGAGAAAAAGAAAGGGAAAGGGAAAGAGAAAAAGAAAGGGAGAGAGAAAGAGAAAGAGAAAGAGAAAGGGAAAAAGAAAGAGAAAGAGAAAAAGAGAAACGUAAAUCAGCAAAGUCCAAAGCUAAAAAAGAAAGUAAGCCAAGACAAUAUGUAUUAAAUGAAGAAGAUUAUGAGUUAAUUGAUAGUGCAACUUUGAUGAGAAAAAAUAAAACCAAUUCAGCCUUGCAAGCAAAUGAUAAUUUAAAAAAUGUUCAAAUUAAUGACGAGCAAAAUAGUAUAGUUGGUUUCCCAAAUAAGUAUAGUAGAUACAAUAAUAUAGUAUACACUGCCAAUAAUAUGAAUAGUGAUGGCAAUAAUAAUACUCAGGGUGGUUAUAACGAUUACAAUGCCUAUAAUUUCAACCCAAAUAAUAGUGCACCAAAUCCAAUGCUUUUUAAUAAUGGUUCAAAUUUAAACUAUAACCAAUUUAACAACAAUUUUAGUAGAUAUAAUAAUAACUAUAAUCCAAAUUUACAUCAAAUGUCAAAAUUCAACAAUAUGAGAAACGAUAUUUAUACAACCAAUGGUUUCAACAAUGGAGGUUAUGAUAAUUUUAAAGUUGGGUUCAAUAAUGGAGGCUAUAACGUCACAAAUAAUUUUAAUGGAGGAGGUUUCAAUG